AUGCAUGUCUUUGGUCAUACCUGUCUGUGGUACGUUAUCGAUACGGUGCAAACGUGUGCAGUUCCUCCUGAAUUUCUGAAGCGGCCUGCAAAUAUUUAUGCUCAUGAAUCUAUGGACAUCGUGUUUGAGUGUGAGGUGACUGGAAAACCUACUCCAACUGUGAAAUGGGUCAAGAAUGGAGACAUGGUGAUCCCAAGUGACUAUUUCAAAAUUGUUAAAGAACAUAAUCUGCAAGUUUUGGGGCUGGUGAAAUCAGACGAAGGAUUCUAUCAGUGCAUUGCAGAAAAUGAUGUUGGAAACGCACAGGCUGGAGCCCAGCUGAUAAUACUUGACCUUGAUGUUGCCAUCCCAACAUUACCUCCCACUUCACUGACCAGUGCCACUAAUGACCAUCUAGCACCAGCUACAACAGGACCAUCGCCUUCAGCCCCGCGGGACGUCGUGGCCACCCUCGUCUCCACUCGCUUCAUCAGACUGACGUGGCGGACGCCUGUAUCGGACCCUCAAGGAGACAACCUCACCUAUUCAAUCUUCUACACCAAGGAAGGUAUAAACAGGGAACGCGUUGAAAACACAAGUCGUCCUGGAGAGACGCAAGUGACGAUCCAAAACCUGAUGCCAGAAACAGUUUAUGUCUUUCGCGUCGUGGCGCAGAACAAGCACGGCCCCGGAGAGAGCUCAGCGCCGCUGAAGGUGGCAACUCAGCCCGAGGUUCAGCUUCCGGGGCCGGCACCCAAUAUCCGAGCGCACGCCAGCUCACCCACCUCCGUCACCGUCACCUGGGAAACGCCGCUGUCGGGCAAUGGAGAAAUCCAGAACUACAAACUCUAUUACAUGGAGAAGGGGCAGGAGACCGAACAGGAUGUUGAUGUAGGAGGACUCUCCUACACCAUUAACGGAUUAAAGAAAUACACAGAGUAUAGUUUCCGAGUGGUAGCUUACAAUAAACACGGUCCCGGAGUCUCGACCCACGACGUUGUUGUACGAACGCUGUCGGAUGUCCCCAGUGCUCCGCCGCAGAAUCUAACACUGGAGGUCCGGAAUUCCAAGAGCAUCAUGCUACACUGGCAGCCGCCUCCUGCGGGGACGCACAGUGGACAAAUCACUGGCUAUAAAAUUCGUUACCGUAAGGUGUCCCGCAAGAGUGAUGUGACAGAGAGCAUUGGCGGGACCCAGCUUUUCCAGCUAAUUGAAGGUCUUGAACGAGGUACAGAAUACAGCUUCCGAGUAGCUGCCUUGACGGUUAAUGGUACCGGACCCGCUACCGACUGGGUAUCAGCAGAAACGUUUGAGAGUGACCUAGACGAAACUCGUGUUCCUGAAGUUCCGAUCCUACACGUCCGUCCGCUUGUCACCAGUAUCGUGGUAAGCUGGACUCCGCCUGAAAACCAGAACAUCGUGGUGAGAGGCUACGCUAUAGGGUACGGCAUUGGCAGCCCGCACGCGCAGACCAUCAAGGUGGACUAUAAGCAGAGAUACUACACCAUUGAAAACUUAGACCCAAGCUCCCACUAUGUCAUAACUCUGAAGGCGUUUAACAACGUUGGGGAAGGAAUCCCUCUCUACGAGAGCGCGGUGACCAGGCCCCACUCAGACACUUCCGAAGUUGAUUUGUUUGUUAUUAAUGCUCCAUACACUCCAGUGCCAGAUCCGUCUCCCAUGAUGCCACCGGUGGGAGUUCAGGCUUCCAUUCUGAGUCACGACACCAUACGGAUCACUUGGGCAGACAACUCUCUGCCAAAGAACCAGAAGAUCACAGACGCUCGCUACUACACAGUUCGCUGGAAAACCAAUAUUCCUGCAAACACAAAGUACAAGACCGCAAAUGCGACAACUUUGAGCUAUUUAGUGACCGGGCUAAAACCAAAUACCUUGUAUGAAUUCUCCGUCAUGGUGACUAAAGGUCGAAGAUCGAGUACUUGGAGUAUGACAGCGCACGGAACAACUUUUGAAUUAGUUCCUACUUCUCCUCCCAAAGACGUGACUGUGGUGAGCAAAGAGGGAAAACCUCGGACAAUAAUUGUUAACUGGCAGCCUCCAUCCGAAGCCAACGGCAAAAUUACAGGGUACAUCAUUUACUACAGUACGGAUGUGAACGCUGAAAUACACGACUGGGUUAUUGAACCCGUCGUGGGAAACAGGCUGACCCAUCAGAUACAGGAAUUGACCCUCGAUACGCCGUAUUAUUUCAAAAUCCAGGCUCGCAACUCGAAGGGCAUGGGGCCUAUGUCUGAGGCAGUUCAGUUCAGGACCCCAAAAGCUGAAUCCUCAGAUAAAAUGCCUAAUGAUCAAGCUUCCGGAUCUGCAGGGAAAGGAAGCCGCCCAGUGGACAUAGGACCGGAUUACAAACCACCCCUCGGUGGCAGCAACAGUCCCCACGGAAGUCCCACUUCUCCCUUGGAUAGCAACAUGCUCCUUGUAAUCAUAGUGUCUGUUGGAGUGAUCACCAUCGUGAUAGUGGUGAUAGUCGCCGUCUUCUGCACUCGCCGUACUACGUCUCACCAAAAAAAGAAACGAGCUGCCUGCAAAUCAGUGAACGGGUCCCAUAAGUACAAAGGAAACUCCAAAGAUGUCAAGCCUCCUGACCUUUGGAUCCAUCAUGAAAGGCUGGAGCUAAAACCCAUCGAUAAAUCUCCAGAUCCCAAUCCAAUCAUGACAGAUACCCCAAUUCCUCGCAACUCCCAGGAUAUCACCCCAGUUGAUAAUUCCAUGGACAGCAAUAUCCAUCAAAGGCGGAAUUCCUACAGAGGGCAUGAGUCAGAGGAUAGCAUGUCCACACUGGCAGGAAGAAGGGGGAUGAGGCCCAAGAUGAUGAUGCCUUUUGAUUCUCAGCCACCUCAGCCUGUGAUUAGUGCUCAUCCCAUCCAUUCACUCGAUAACCCUCACCAUCAUUUCCACUCCGGCAGCCUCGCUUCUCCAACUCGCAGCUAUCUCCAUCACCAGGUCAACCCGUGGCCGAUUGGCACAUCCAUGUCCCAUUCAGACAGGGCCAAUUCCACAGAAUCUGUUCGAAACACACCUAGCACGGACACCAUGCCGGCUUCCUCGUCUCAGACGUGCGCUGACCACCAGGAUCCCGAAAGCACCGCAGGGUCUUAUCUGGCUAACGCACAAGAAGAGGAUUCGGCUCAGAACCUCCCUACAGCACACGUCCGUCCUUCCCACCCGCUGAAGAGCUUUGCGGUGCCGGCGGUUCCACCAGCUGGUUCCACGUACGACCCUGCGUUGCCAAGCACACCGUUACUGACUCAGCAAGCUCCUAACCAUCCAGUUCACUCGGUGAAGACUGCGUCAAUUGGGACUUUAGGAAGAACUCGACCUCCUAUGCCAGUGGUAGUUCCCAGUGCCCCUGAUGUGCAGGAGACCGCCAGGAUGCUCGAGGACUCGGAAAGCAAUUAUGAACCGGAUGAGCUGACCAAAGAGAUGGCCCACCUGGAAGGACUUAUGAAGGACCUUAAUGCCAUCACUACAGCAUGA